AUGUGGCUAUACCGGGGUGCGCAGUCGGCUGUCUUCUACUACGCCACCUGCACCCCUUGUGCGGAGAGUUUUGACCGGCGCAAACGAAAGAAGGAUGCGGUACGGACACAGCGUCUCCGGGAAAAAUGCGACCUCGAGAUUGUCACCGACCAACCCCGACCCUUCCCCCAACCGACUGCAUUCAGCACCAAUGAAGGCUGGAACCAGGAAAUCGCCUUGGGUCCCGGACCUCCAGCCCGGCGAGGCGGACACCGCAAUAUGCCUCGAACGGAUAGUUGGAAUACGGAUCAGAGUUCGCAAUUGAAGAAGGACAAGAGUGGCGGCUUGAUACACCCCAUCGCCGAACGGUGGAAGCGAUACCAGCGCGAGGACGAGCCACUCUGGGGCCAGGAAGUACGCGGGUCGUCAAUUGGCUUCUCCGGACGUGGUCGCGCCGACCAAGAAGAACCCUCGAAGUAUUACAUCGCCCGCGCACCCCCUAUCAACGAUCUUCACCCGCCGAUCGUAAGUGGGCCAAUCAGCCGCGCCGACACCCGCUGGAUGCUUCAACCGCCGCCCAGCGCAAAAGUAAUGGCCGGAAAGGAACGCUUCGACACUUCCCCGCGCGACAGUAUGGGUGGAUUCACCCGUGAUCGUACUUCCCGUAUGUCUCGCCAUGGCGCCAUCACUGAAGAGCGUCGCUCCGGCGAUGGCAUCAUCGACGAGGUGGUUGAACAGCAGUUGCCGCGUCAACCAUCACAAUCCCUGGUGCGCGGACUCUCCGAGAGCACCAGCCGCGAGAACCUCGAUAACCCCCCUUAUUCUCGAUCAAAUUCCAUGUCCUCCUUGGCCAACUCGGAUGACCAGUCCUUCAGUGCGUCGUGGAAGCACCCAGAUACGCCUGCGACUCGCCCGGUCUCCAAAUCCACCGAAGACAGCGGGAAGGCGUAUACCCGCCCUCAAAUUUCCAAAACCCUCUCCAUGAUGCAGCGAGGGGACAAACAAAAGUUCCACUGUUUGCAGGUUGAAAUCAACGACGAUUCCCGCGACGAAUUUGGACUUGGCCAAUUAGAACGCAUUCACCCGUGGCGCUGGAGCAUGGAUAUCUAA